GAGUUUGCACUCAAAUUCGUUUUGAUAGAAAUAUUUAAAAUUCACAAAAUGCUGUGCAAGUAAACUAAAUAAACAGAGUUAACGUAUGUUUUAAGAAAAGAAGGUGUUAAUGUAAAAAAUGCAGCUUUUGGGUCAAAUGUUUGCAACAAAAAUAAUUCCCAAUUUGGAGACUGCCUCAAAACUGCUGAGGAGUCCUUUGGGUCAGGCGGUAAUUUCUUUUUUGCUGGGCUACUUUGCUACCACAAAGUUGUCACAGAUUUAUGGCAAGAUUAAGAAAGAUGCAGACAAAUCGGGUGAUAAGGAAUUAGACCCAGAGUAUGACAGUGAACUUUUGCCCAAAGGUAAGGAGGUUGUUCUACUAAGUGUUAGGCAACUAACUGCUUUUGAUGGCUUGAGCACCGAUCAACCUAUUUACACUGCCUUGAAUGGCCUGAUAUAUGAUCUCAGUCCUGGGCGUAAAAAGUUCCACAGCCAUGGACCGUACUCCUUAUUAGCCGGUUGCAAUGCCAAUAGGGUCCUGAACAUUGCCUGCGGUUCCAUGGGCGUCUGCGCCGAUGAUGUAAUAAAUCGUUGGGAGCAGAGCCUCAAGGCCGAAUACAAUAUAGUGGGCUAUCUGAUUAAUGAGGAUAUGGAGAAUAAUGGUGGGCUUCUGGAAAGCGAUGAGGAGUCGACAAUUUUGGAUGAAUCGGAGCAGUCUGAUGGCAUUUUAUAAGACUUGAAUGUCCCUUUAUUUUAGUUUGGCAAUAAAAAAUAAUUUAAUUAUU